AUGUCUCCGGUGGUUGCCACAUCCGUCCCACACCAGGAUCCUCCUUCUUACAGCAUGCUCUUUUCUCCAGCUGCUUCUUCGUUAGCAUCCGCUGACAGAAGUGUCAUUGAAAUGGAAGUCCACUGGGAUCCAAGUUUGAUUCGAGCCGAACUCUUGCAGGCAACUUCCAUCCUUUCGCAUCGAGGACUCAAACUGGCAGCCAAAUGGGCGGCCGAACAAAUGGUGGGGAUUCCUAUGGGCAACCCAGGGCGAUUGGAAUUGUUGUUUCAACAGCAACAGCCACAAAAUUUGGUGGCACAAGAAUGGUCCCAAUUGACCGAACAAGAUUGGUAUGCCAAGUCGCUCAUGGAUAUGGGAGAAUACUUGCACGCGUCUGCGGCAUUGAGUGAACCCACCACGGAAGCGUCUCAGAUGAUGCCUCCAUUGGAGUCAAUAUCGUCUUUUGGAAUCUAUUUGCGAUCCUAUUGUUUAUAUUUGGCGGGAGAACGACGAAAGGAAGAAGAAUUUUUGCAACUCAAGAGCGAGGCACAAAAUGUCAAACCAGGCCGAAAUCCAUAUCUGCCACAACUCUUGGAAGAACUAUCCGCAUUCUAUAGGGACGAAAAGCUUGAUAUCUUUGGCUUGUAUGUUUACGGUUUGGUCUUGAAGGAGGCACAAAAGUCGACACUUCCUUGCCCGCAUCCACCACAUGUUAUUUUACUGGAAUCCAUUUUGCAAUUUCCACAGAAUUGGAGUGCUUGGUUGGACCUGUGCGAAGUCGUAGUGGCUCAAGAUGGCAACAUUGAACAAGAAGUCGAACAAACCCUACAGCCUACCUUGGCGACUCAUUACAUGUAUCAUUUCUUUUGUGCCCAUCUCAUGGCGCAUCAUCAUCAAGCUCAUGAAGAUGCCUUGGUCUUGUACGAACGACUGGCGGAACCCUUGCCGGAUCAACCGCUCUUUCAGAGUUCUCACCUCAAGGCACAAUUGGGAGUGGUACACUACCACAUGCGGGAAUUUGAACAAGCACUGGCAUGGUUUGAACAAAUAAAGGAUCCAUUUUCACUGGAACAAAAGGACGUCUACUCGAAUAUUUUGUAUGUGAAGGAAGACCGUGUUCGGCUCUCACAGUUGGCCCAUCAAGCCACUGUCAUUGACAAGUAUCGGCCCGAGACUUGCUGUAUCAUUGGAAACUACUAUUCGCUUCGACAGCAACGGCAAAAGGCAGUCCUUUACUUUCAACGAGCACUAAAAUUGGAUCGAUCGUAUACGAGUGCUUGGACUUUGAUGGGACACGAAUAUGUGGAAUUGAAACAAACUGAGUCCGCCAUGGAAGCCUAUCGACGAGCGGUCACUGUCAGCCCAAAGGAUUACCGAGCUUGGUAUGGAUUGGGUCAAACCUAUGAAUUCCUCAAUAUGCAUCUGUACGCCUUGUUCUAUUACCGCAAGGCAGCCAUGCUCCGCCCGUAUGAUGCUCGCAUGUGGUGUGCAGUAGGCCUUUGCUUUGUGGCACUGUACAAGAUUCCCGAUGCCAUUCGGGCAUAUGAACGAGCGGUGGCACAAGAAGAUACGGAAGGAAUUGCCACACAGAAAUUGGCGACCUUGUACCGACAAGAAGGAAGAGAAGAAGAAGCGGCCCAAUGCUAUGUCCGACAUUUGGAGUUGCGUUAUAUGGUCACCAAUCCAAAUCCAGCAGAACAGCCAACCUUGGACGACAUUGUACAUGGUGUCGUGGUGGAAGCUCCCGAAGCAGAAGCCUUGGUGUUUUUGGCGCAGUACCACAAGAUGCACGAAGAAUAUGAUUCCGCAGCCUUGUUUUGCAGCCGACUGGUGGAAUAUCCUGGUCCGGAGAAAGAGCAAGCUAAGGGAUUGCUGCGAGAUCUGCGUGCCCAGGGGCGGCGGUACGACUCGCGGCCACCCACUACCACAUCCACCAACAAGAAUGCGUUUGAAUUUUCUCCAUAA